AAGCUUUGUCGUUGUAAUUACAUCCGCUCGCUGGAAAACAUCUCUGCGGGCUCUCACCGCUAUCCAGUACACUUUGGACUGGAUCUAUACUUUCUCUUUCAAAAAGUAUUUUCGUUCUCGACUUGGCUCUAAGUUUCUCGGCUUGGCUGAUCCUUAAUCACUGACUACAUACCAAGCAUGCCUGCCUCAUCCAACCGCACCAAUGGUACAAGCAGCAGUCCCACCUCAGCGCAUCAGCAGCUUUCGGCGACAUACGUUGCACCUCCUUCAGGGCCUAGCACACCUGGGUGGAAGGCUUUCCUUCGGUUGGGAAACCAAUCCUCGAAGAAACUCACGAGUAUUUCGGAUUUAAAGCUUGACACUGGCUCGUUACAGUCGGAAGCUACAUCGGCUACCCUCACUCCUUUGACUCCCAAUCCUUCGCUUACACCAGCCUCUUUCGCUUCCACAGACCAGCGCUCGUCCUAUAACUCUGCAAAUACUCUGUCCAGUGAUUACAAUACCGGCGCACAUUCGGCGCUUCCCCACUCACCAAGCACACCCUCUUACUUUACGCCCCACCCAGGAGAGAACGGGGCUGAGGAACAUCAGGAUGGCAAUGGCAGGACUCGUUCGAAGUCGAAGUCGGAUAAGCAGCGCAUACUUGGUCGUUCAAACCACAAAGUACCACUCACAGCUCAUCCGUCUCAGUCGUCCUUCCUGCCCAACACUCCACCGAGUGCAUCACGUUCAGGGCCUCUCUCUCCGAAAUCUAUAGGUGCAAACGCGUCUCGGUUUAUUCGUCGCGUUGCCUCUGCACCGAAUGCGAAGGGACUUUUCUCCCUUGGCUCGCGAUCAACGUCAACCACAACGAAGAAUGGGUUACUGGCACCUGGUGAAGCGAUACAUACCAUUACACAGUCGGAUCAAGGUGCGGACUCUUUGGAGUCGGCGUCUUCGACAGCAUCGCGAGGACGUCCAAUACGCCAAGGUCGCGCAAAUAGCACAACCUCUGGAGUGAAGACGAAGGACAGGAUAACUAAUGCGCAUACAUCUACUGAUGGCCCCGGUAAGGUUGCGUUCCGACGCACUUAUUCUAGUCAUUCCAUCAAGGUCAAAGAGGUGGAAGUUGGACCUAACAGCUUCGUCAAGAUCAAAAUGCUUGGCCGUGGAGAUGUUGGCAAAGUAUAUCUCGUGCGAGAAAAGAAGACUGAUAAGUUGUUCGCUAUGAAAGUCUUGUCCAAGAAGGAGAUGAUUGAACGCAAGAAGAUCAAACGUGCACUUACAGAGCAGGAGAUUCUCGCAACGGCAAACCACCCAUUCAUUGUGACAUUAUACCAUUCAUUUCAGUCAGACCAAUACCUCUAUUUCUGCAUGGAAUACUGUAUGGGUGGCGAGUUUUUCCGUGCCCUGCAGUCCAGGCCUGGGAAAUGUCUAUCCGAGGAUGCAGCACGCUUCUACGCAGCGGAGGUUACUGCGGCGUUGGAGUAUCUACAUCUAAUGGGUUUCAUCUAUCGAGACCUAAAGCCAGAGAAUAUCUUGCUUCAUCAAUCGGGACAUAUAAUGUUGUCGGAUUUCGAUCUGGCUAAGCAGUCCAACGAACCGGGCGGCAGGCCCGCCAUGAUCCACCAAGAAGAGAACGGUAUACCCUUAAUCGAUACCCGGUCUUGCACCGCCGAUUUCCGCACAAACUCUUUCGUUGGCACUGAAGAAUAUAUCGCACCAGAAGUUAUCCAAACUUCUGGCCACACAUCGGCAGUUGAUUGGUGGACACUUGGGAUUCUGAUCUACGAGAUGAUAGUACGUUUGUUCAUUCUUGUUGUCAUAUUCCGUGCAAAGACACCUUGUGAGACGAAUUCAUAUUCUGCUUUCACUUUCCCAGCUACUGGUGGUUUGAGCAGAAUUCUGAUAGUCAUCCUUUUCAGUUUGCGACUACACCUUUCAAGGGCCAUGAGCGAAAUGAUACCUUCAACAAUAUUCUCAAUGUUCCCGUGCAUUUCCGGGAUACACCGAAAGUUUCGCAGAAGCAAAAGUGGUGCUUCUGAAGUAAAGCAGCACAAGUGGUUCUCGAAGAUCAAUUGGGGUCUUCUUCGAAACACUCAACCACCGAUCGUCCCAACACUCUCGAAUGGCAUCGACGCUGUCAAUUUCCGCCAAAUGCGCGAAUCGAACUCACUUCAUUUGGAGAAGCAGCAUUCAACACUCCCAUCACCUUCCCCUUACUCAUCCCCUCUUCCUAAUCACCAUGGUCACCAUAGCCAAAUCAAGGGCGCCGCAGGCUCUGGUCUUCCCGGCACUCCUGGGGCAGACGAUGGCUUGGAACCACCAGUGCAGGAAGAUCUCUUUACUGCAUUCUCGAGCAUGACGCUCCAAUACGAUGGGGAGAUAUGAAUGCAUGAUGACCACGCAAUGUGGCAAUUCCGAGCCUUCUUCAGCACGCUCAUUUGGCAUAAUUCGUCCUUCGAGCGAGGCCGUUCUCAGAAGGCUUCGCAAUUCGCUACCAUCGCUCAAUCGCUCCAUUCGUCCUGGUUUAUGCAAUCGCUAUUCCGGAUUUUGUCGAUCUUCUUGCAUCGUACGGUUAUUUUUUUGUUUGCUUGCUGGUUACCCCUCCUGGCACGUACAUCUCAUCACAUCCUCCUCGCUCGUUCUGACCACUUCGUUGGAACGACCUUGUUGGGAGGAAAGUGGACAUUAUCGUGUUCCGCGUUGCUUCGUUUCAUACCACCGCUUACGUUCAUAUCAUGGUUUUCAUCUUGUGUUGGUUGAUUCAUGGGUUUCUUAUAACUUCAUUGUAACAUUAUAGCGCAAUCUUCCGUUUCUUUCAAGUACAUGCUCCCUCAUAGUCAUCGCAUAUUUCAAACUACUACUGACCGCAUUCCUUCCUUUUCGUCGUCGCCGUUUCUCUUCCCUCUUGCUUUCGAGCCCCUCUCUCCCUCUCUCCUCUCCUCUCCUCUCUAUAUCAUCAUACCUCUCUCCCUAUUGAUCCCUCUGGGCGAAUCCGGAAUAGCUAUCUAACAUAACCCUCAUAGACCUUACCUUACAUCUAGAAAUUUUCAAAAUAACAAGUCACCAUUUCUGUCGGCUCUUAUUGACGUCGUCCUCUAUGUCACUGUCGACAGCUUGCUUCGAACAUGUUAAGGUAGAAACCACUACCAGCUGCAUCUAUAGUAUAUACGCGACUCCUGUCAAUAACGAUCGGUGAC